AUGACCAAGGAGGCGAAGGGCAGCGAGAAGCUUCCCGAAGCAAUAUGCAUUGCAGGGCCCGGGAGCAAGGUCUCCAAGGACCUCCAGGUCCUGGUCAAGAAGGUGGCGGGCCAGCCUGAGGUCCUGCUCAUUGGGGAGACGCUGGAAGGCAAGGACAUCCACGGGAUGAUGGACAACUUUGUCAAGGACCUCUUUACCACCAACUGCUACCCCAUCCACCCUGGUGAUUCCUUGAAGGAGCCCCUGGCCGCCACCACCUGCAACAUCGGGGGCACGCAAUGCCAGCUGAUCUUCUUCCUCUGCCGGGCUUCCUGCCUCCAGGGGAAGCAGAAGGAGCUCCGCAGGGUCAUCAAGGAGGUGAAGAAGUUUGUCGAGAAGUCCCCCUGUGCCCUGGUGGGCAUCGUCAUGGACCCCAAGACUUCGGAGGCGGAGGCCGCCCGCGACCAGCUGCUGCGCAUGCUCCGGGGCGCCUUCCCCAAGGGGUCUGCGCAGAAGCAGAGCAAGGCUGGAAAGGCUGCGGAGGAGGUCAAAAACGGCCCAAUGGAGCUGGAGGACGUGGAAGUGGAAGCAGAGAUCUACACCCCAGGCCACCCGCGAGGGAACCUGGCCAUUGUGAAGGCAGCUUGCAGGGCUUCUGAAGCCCUGGUCAAAACCAAAGGUGUGAGGCUCCGGGUUCUGGCACAGUAA